AUGUGUGAGCCGACCGUGCUACACAGCCUGCCUCUCAGGUGCUCGGCAGACACAACUGGGGUGAGAGGUCAGAAACUCAGUGCGAGUCUUCAGUCUCUGUCUGUUCUCACAGCUCAGAGCUCCGGGGCUGUGGAGGAGAUUCUAGACCGGGAGAACAAGCGGAUGGCCGACAGCCUUGCCUCCAAGGUUACCAGGCUUAAAUCGCUGGCCCUGGACAUUGAUAGGGAUGCUGAAGACCAGAACCAGUACCUGGAUGCCAUGGACUCGGACUUCACCAGCAUGACUGGUCUGCUCACAGGGAGUGUGAAGCGCUUCUCCACGAUGGCUCGAUCUGGGCGAGACAAUCGGAAGCUUCUCUGUGGGAUGGCCGUGGGCCUCAUUGUGGCCUUCUUCAUCCUCUCCUACCUCUUGUCAAGGGCAAGGACGUGAGCCAGUGGGAGCCACAGGAAUCCAGGGUCUUCCUCACCUGGUAUCUUGGGCUCCUGAGGACAUGCUACAAAAAUAUUCCUUUACAGUGAUCA